GUGUUCAUUUCCUCCGUCUGUCUCGUUCUCCCAUACAGGAACGAGUGAAACGCGUAAGUGAACGACUUUACGAAAGAGAAUUCAACCUAAUGAGCAACACCAUAUCGUGUUGAGCUGCGAUCCCGAGUGGGCACGCCUUGACUGCUCCCUCGAAUUCACUGGGGAAUAUAGUAACAGUUUUUGGCCGAAUGUUUUGGCUUGUCUGAUAAAACAGUUGAAGAGGCUUUCUAUCACAAGGAAAGGAGGAAGUGUUGGGAAUAUUGUAUUCUCAUUCAGGAGACAAUUCAACUUCUUCAGUUCGUAUUUUGUAACGAGGCUCUUACUCAAUUGUGCCAUGAUGAACUACGGAGAAUCGCCAGCGAAUUUGGAGAGCAGACAUUCUUUCUGUUGCAGGUCAAACCUGCGAAGGAUCGCUCGCCACGAUGAGCCAGAAUUCAGUAACGCGAGUAUCCUUCAUAGCAUGGAGAAAUUCGUGAAAGCUGUGAACGAGAUGGAGGAGACAAUUCUGGUGCCCUCUCGUCUCCUGGACCUGGCAGUGGGUGAUGCAAGUGACACAGUGAGCCAGAAGGGCUUAAAUAACAUCAAGAAUACAAUGCCCGACACUGACCUCUACAGACUCUACAACAUUGUCACCAAGAUGAAGCUGGAACUUCUGUGGUCCCAGAAGUCUAACGUCGACAGCCAGGACGACGAGGACGAGAUCACCGAGGAAGUCCGUCGGAAAAAUAGGACGACACCAAGUGACGCUGUGAGGCUUGGCCACGCACGCUGCCCUAGCACCACGUCAAUGCAGAGCAUGCAGAGCGCAUCUUCAGUUAUAUCUAGCUCAAGCUCCUGUGACUCAGACUCUGACAUUGGAAUUGAGAUUGAUUCAGGAAUGGAGGGUGAAGAUUCACCCAAUGACAGGUGCGCCAAUCAGGCAGCUGAGACCUUUCGUCGUCAUCUCCAUGGUCUCCAUCGCAGCAUCAAACGCUUGACCUCAGCUGCAGAAUACCUCACCCUCAGAUAUCAAAUUGACGUCGGAGGACAAGUUUAGUUUCAUCACUAACACUUGAUUCUUUACUUUCGUUUUUUUUUUCAAUCGUCUUGACCUAUUCAACUUGUUCUCGUCGUCGUGACCAUCGGUGAUCAAGUCUAGAGAAUCUCGUGAAUUAGAUCCUCGCUGGAUCGAGGUGCUAGUAGAAGGAUAAGUGAUAACGGGGCAUUAGUUCUGGGGCGAUUUCGCCUCCUUUCCAGAAUCAGAAGGGGGCCUGAAAGUCUAAUGGUCAACGUGAGCAAUUGGUUCAUUCUUUAGAUAAUGGAUGGAACGAGCUGGAGGUGAUUUGAAGAGAAUAAAUAAUUUGAAUGAAUACCUGGAAAUACGAGCUAGAUAACAGGUGCUAAAGAGUGAAAUUUUGUAGACACACUUUCCGGACUAUCUUGGUGGGUUCAAGAUGGCACCGCUCCUUCUCAUUUUCCCAAGGCUAUAAACAUUAUUUAUUCUCUCUGAAUCGCUCGUAAGAAACUUCAGUUAGUUUCGGCAACGUGAACAAAUUCUAUCCAGCAUAUUUUAGAUUCUUUCAUGCCCCUUUUGUCGAUUUUUUCAGGGCCAACAUCUCCCCGCUCAAAGAUAAUAAUUUUGCCCAGGAUCUUUCUUAUAAGGACCUUGACGAUUCGAUUGAUUGCUAUUCGAGGGUGGUGUGGCAGGAGAUCGUCGUGUUCACUGAGUCGAUGAUCGGUCGACCGUUGAUCGAUCACUGGUCGCGGCUUAAACUUGCAAAGGUCAGUUGUUGGCCGACGGUUAGCCAAUCACCGAGUCGAGAUCGAUCAGCACUGAAAUCGCGACCAAGUCGAAACCUCUAUCAAUUAAUCUAUUAGCGAAUUGAACGAAUAAUCACCAUAAACACCUGAUGACGAUGAGAACGCGUUGAAAUAGGUCGAAUUCAGGGAUUUUCAUUGCGUGAAGAACUCAACGAGCUAUUGCGAGUGUACCGUACGUAAGCAACAUCUGCUUUCUCUUGAUGAUUAACAACCAAGACAAGAACUAUUCAAAUUGUCUCGCAGAACUUCAGUUGCAUAAUUGUAAAAAUAAAUGUAGCUUCUGUGGGUCUUCACCGUAAAUUCAAAGUAAUAAUACCCCUCACGCCCAUUACAUCUGCUUUUAUUAUUUCCGAAAAAAAAAAAUUCCACGACAUUACUUGGGAAUAAUAUGUGAAUCUAGUGCUUGGAAUCAGGAAAUGUCAAUGAUGCAACAUGUCGCGAGGAGAAAUUCGAUAAUUGCAGUGAUUAAAAUCGAUCAUCGUUUUAAUAAACUGAAAUGCGAAUCAUGGACGUUGUCUAGGCUUAAGUUCAUAACUAUUUAUUUUUUAUUACACUCUUUGUCAUGUCAGAAAAAAACCCAAAAUCCAUGAGCCUUAUUUAUAUGUUCAUUGAAGAGAUGGCUUCUUGGCAGCCGGACACUGCAAAUUCUGUCGUUGAAAAUGGCUAUUUCUGCACAGAAGUAUGCAAAGGAGGUUAAGUCAACUCGACUCACAGAAUAUUUUCGUAUAGAAGGGAGGUAGCAAAAUUGAUGUCAUAAGCUUCGUUGUAGAUCUCCACUAGCUCUUCAAAAAAGAUUUUAACCUAAAUUAUCUAUAUCCCUUGGAUACGAAAAUGUUCCUUAAAAAAUUAGUAAUGAGUCAAACUGAUUAACCUCGUUUACUUCACCACAGACUCCCAAUAUUUAGAAACCAAAAAUCUUCUCAAGUUCAAAACCUGUUCGAUGACGCACACGGAAAACACUCGCAAGUGAAGAAAAAAGGAAGCAGAUUAUGAAUAAGCAAUUGGAAUGAAAAACAAAAUAUUCCUACUUGUUCUUUCUGUACAUAUGCUGUACAUAGAAUAUAAAGAGUCGUCGUGUAAAAAAUUAGGUGGUAAUGACACUUUUAUAAGUUUAUUCUACGCUCUUGCGAAUUAUUCAUGUCACUGUUGUACACUAUGAGAAUAUUUCAAAUGAAUACAUAUUUUUUUUCGAAUGUUGAGCUGAAUCGAACAAAAAUAGAAUGGUUGUUAAAUGGGCUACUGCACUUCUUUGUCGAAUAAAUUGAAUGAAACAGAUGAUGAAGCCUUCGUUUUACUUUGAAACCUCGAAAAUAGACAGUGACGUGAUGACAAAUUCAUUGAAAUAGUUUCAAUCUCAAUAGUUUUUAUUUAAUAACUAAAGGUGGAUGAGUUAUUGAUGGUAAAUAUCGAGUUGUUGACUAAAUGACGUUAUUUGAUGUCAUAUGCAUCAAUCUAUUGAAACUAGGAUAAUAAAUAUCAAACAUUUUUGUUUAUAUACGAAGUAAAAAUGUUUCCUCUGACUGUAUAAGAAUGGUAAAUAAAUUUGCAACUGCCUUUUA